AGGAUGGUGUCUUCUAUUCAAGCUACCAUGGCUACUGUUUCUGGGAUCAUUGUUGUCCUUAAUUGCAAGGAUGUGGUACAUGACAGUUGUCGGGGCCUGGGUCAGCCCUUGAGAAUCUUGGCAAGCCCUCCACCGCGGAGGAAGCAGCAGUCCUGACGCUGAACUCUCACCAUGUCUCAGGCGGAAUUUGAGAAAGCCGCUGCGAUGGUCAGGGAAAUGAAGGUUCCGACCUCCGAGCAAGAAAAACUGGAGAUUUACAGUCUCUACAAACAAGCCACCAUCGGGGACAUCAACAUCCCCUGCCCUUGUGCAACCGAUGUAACAGGCAAAGCCAAAUGGGAGGCCUGGAAUGGACGCAAAGGGAUGAGCAAGGCUGAUGCCAUGAAGAAUUACAUAGCAAAAGCAGAAGAGCUGAAAAAAAAGUAUGGAGCGUAAAAUUAAGCAUUCAUAGAUAUCAGGCAGCCAUGUGCCAUUAGCAGGGCUUUUGACCCAACAUCCCUGCUGGGGAGUUUCCUCUCACCCUUAGAUCAAUGUAGCGUAGCUGCCAAGCCAAUAAAACUGUAAUCAAAACAAUGGAGUGUAUAUGACUGAAAAAAAUUGUGCAUCGUUUGCAUGCUACCCUUUGAGAAUCUAUACAUGUGUGGAAGUUCAUUUGAGGAUAAGGAUAGUCCAGUCAUUGUUUAUGAUUUCUGAUAAACUCUUACCAAUACUUAAGAGGCUUACUUCACAAGCCGGUGUAUUUGUUUAAAGGAACACCCUCCCUUUGAAAAACACAUUACUGUCUGACAGUGUUGCACUUACCAUAGUUACAAGAGCUGCUCAAGCUGAUGGGACAUAGAGGAACUUGAUGGACUGUUGUUUGACCUUGUGCAGUUUCUCCCUUACUAAAAUGGGCCUGUGGAAACCAGACAAUUAAAGAAGGAACCACAUUGCCAGUAAUCCUGGGGUGUGGAGAAGAAACUCCACAGGCAGCCUUUACAAGGUCAAAUGGUGGGCAAUCAUUAAUCCAGAACAGGCCAGGGUUCAUCUAGAGACAAUCUCUCCCUCUCCACUUUAAUUUCCUUUUAACCUUUUUAUGCUCCAGAGUCUGCGCUGAUGCUUAGUCCCUAAGGAAGCACAUCAGCUUAGCAAGCUAAAGCAAUACAACUCCAUGGCAAACUGUUGAUUUAGAAACCAUUCUCCUUCUCUCACUGGUGCCAGGGUGGGAGGCUGCUACUAGAUAUAUGCAAAUAAUUGGAUGAUGGGGGCUCAUUGA